ACGUUUUCUGAUUAAAAUUGUAUUAUCAAUAUUGGCAUCUUGUAAUUAGUGAUGAAACAUAUUCAUUAUGGUCUUAUUAUUGUCUUACCUCUACAAUAACUACCCACAACUUUAUUUUGCAUUUGGUUUCAGCUCAAUGGGAAACUACACAUACAACAGUUACAUGCUUCGUUUGGAAGGGUUACAAGUGACAAAGGACACAAUGUACCCUGCGUUCAUCUUCCUGCUGUUCGCCUAUCUUUUCAUCAUAUUUGUGAAUGUGGGCAUGGUAGUAAUAGUGUUCAUUGAAAGGACCCUUCACCAGCCUAUGUAUUUCCUUUUUUGCAACCUGCCAUUCAAUGACAUAUUAGGUAACUCCAUCAUGGUGCCACGGCUGCUUGCAUACGUCUUCGUGCCUCCUUCUGAACGCUUCAUCAGCUACUACGAGUGUGUGGUCCAGGCCUUUACCACACACAUGUUUGGCACAACUUCCCACACCAUUAUGAUGAUCAUGGCCUUUGAUAGAUACGUGGCUAUCUGUGUUCCCUUGCGCUACUCCACAAUAAUGAGUAACAAAAUGGUAAUUAAUCUGACUGCUGCAGCAUGGGGAGUUGCGUUUGUUUUUGUGUCAGUUCUCAUAAGUCUUACCGUACGACUCAACAGAUGCAGGGAUGUCAUUGAAAAUUUUUACUGUGACAACGCUAGCUUAUUUAAGCUUUCCUGUGACAGUGUUUUUAUUAAUAACGUGUAUGGCCUCACAUUUACUGUGCUUCUAUUUGUUGGAUCUCUUGGCAGCGUGCUCCUUACCUAUGCUAAGAUCACAGCUGUCUGUUUGUCAAGUAAGAACAAGGCUUUGAAUAGUAAAGCCUUAAAGACUUGCAGCACUCAUCUGUGUCUCUAUUUGCUCAUGGUGAUUAGUGGUUUCAUACCUAUUAUCCUCCACCGUUUCCCCAAGUGGACACAUGAACGAAAGAUUGCAUCGAUCUUGUUCCAUAUAGUUCCAGGCUGCCUCAACCCAAUAAUUUAUGGCUUUCAGUCAACAGAGGUCCGAAAAUUCUUGUCCAAUGUGUUGCGGUCCAAGAAAAUGUCAUCAGUGUGAGGUUGUAGUUUUUGUUGUUGUAAAUACCAAUAGCGGUAAUAAGAAAGUGAAUGCUAUCCUCA